AUGGGUGUUGGAAAACCCACGCCGACCAGCUCCAUAGAGCAGCAUGCAGAUAUGUUCAAGAUGUUCAGCAUAUCGACAGUGGCACUCAAUGAGAAUAAACGAUUGGUCGUGGAAGUGAUUGUAGGGGAGAUGGCCGACAUCAUGGAGCGCAUGCGCUACAAUUUGUUGGACGACCGGCUGUCGCCUCCUGCUGAUGGCGAAACUCUCGAUCCGACUACCUUUCCACGAACCUUCGACUAUAUGCAUAUGGGCAAUAUCCCUGACUACAUUGGUGGCAUUUUAACAACAUUUUUAGUUGGUCGGCCGCUUCUCAAGGAAGACAAGGUGUCUAGCCUGCGGUUUAACAAUCUCCUUAACCCACCAGAGUUUGGGAAUCACCAGACUUUCCAGUCCGAGUAUCUACUCAUGCACGACACGAAGCUCAUUUGCCAGCACUUUCUGCUCAGUAGAUGCCCAGGUAACGAUUCCAAUCGCAACUUGCCCCCAAUGCUUGUUGCCAUGGGAGAGUCCUUUUUAUUCGAGGAUUACAUGAUAUGGGAUAGUGUACCAAGAUCCACCUUGCCCUUCCAGCAACUCUUGCCUAAGUCCGGGCUUGAGAAAUGGAUAUACGCCCACUUGUUGAAGAUUUGCCUGCCGUAUCCGCGACCAAUGUUCAGUGGCGCGCCUGUGUACGCACCCCUCAACCUCUCAGCCCUCAUCCGUCUCAUCAGCGACAUGCUCGAGGUCGGAUAUCCGGCGCAUUGGCUACUCGGGAUCUUUUCUUCCACCUGUGCUGCGGUUAUUACUACGUCUGCCCGACCACCCACGCAACUUGUCACCAAGCCCGCUGACGUUGAGACAAACCAUCCAGCCAAAGCCAUCUCCAUACAACCUUGGGUUGGUUGCUGA